GGAACGUGUGGAAUAUGAAACUGCGAAGUACACAGACGAAUCAAGCCGGACAUUUAUGAAACGUCAGACUUACAAUUAAAUUACGAUUUUACGGCAUUUUACGAAUGAAAAUGCUGUGUACCUACAUGACAUUACUGAGUAUUAAUGCUGCCUGAAGAUAAGGCAUACAUAAACAAUAUGACCGAAGGAGGAGAAACACAACCAACUCCUGGAAAUGAGGCUCAAACUGAAGCCUUUGAACCCAGAGCCAUACAUGGCGAGGGAUUACACGAAACAACAGCAGAAUUGUCUUCUCAAAGUGUACCUGAACCUUGUCAAGACCUACUUACCGUUCAUGGAACAACUCAAGGAGAAAGCAGCGAUGCUGUCAGUAUUCAUACGGCUAGUACUUCGGUUUCUGGCAAUGAGUCAAGUUCUAGUAGAGUGAGUGCAAUAACUGUAGUGUUACCUUGGGGUGCUCAGAAGGAAACAGUGAAGCCUCAACAAAUGGGAGAUAUGGAUCUAAGACCAGGAGAGUUUGUAAUGCGUACCUUGUUUGCAGAAUUCACAUCGCAAGCAGAGAAAAAAAUGGAGGCGGUCAUGACAGAACAUGAAAAACCGCUUUCAAAAGUUUUACAAAGAGGAGAAGAUCCACAAUUUGAUCAACUCUUAUCUGCAUUUGGUUCAGUCGCAGAACAUUGUUUGCCUUCUAUCCUGCGAGCGCUAUUUAAUUGGUACGAACGCCAGUUGGUUGAUCAAGGCAGUGAUCAGAAAAAGCCUGCUCCUGGCAAAGAAGAUCAAAAAGGGAAAAGCAUCAUGUAUACAAUAGUAUCAGGAAGCGUGGAAACAGUUGAAAGAAGUGAAGCAGACUUGCUUCAAGAACGGAGGGAUCUUGCAGUUGAAUUUAUAUUUUGUUUAAUGUUGAUAGAAGUACUACGUCAAUUACCAUUUCAUCCUGGUCAUGAAGAUUUAGUAACCUAUAUAGAAAAUAUCGCUUUCAAACACUUCAAAUAUAGAGAAGGCAUCCAAAAUGAACCAAAUGCGGCAAAUAUUCAUAUCAUUGCUGACCUUUAUGCAGAAGUAAUAGGAGUUCUUGCACAGUCUAGAUUUAUGUCAGUUAGGAAACGUUUUAUGAUCGAAUUGAAAGAUCUACGCGCUAAAGAACCAGGACCUCAUACUACUCAAAGUAUUAUUUCAUUGCUAAUGGGAAUGAAAUUUUUCAGAGUAAAGAUGGUACCAAUAGAAGAAUUCGAGGCCUCGUUUCAGUUUAUGCAGGAGUGUGCACAGUAUUUCUUAGAAGUGAAAGAUAAAGAUGUUAAACACGCUUUGGCUGGUCUUUUUGUCGAGAUCCUAGUUCCUGUUGCUGCUGCUGUUAAAAACGAAGUUAACGUACCUUGCCUAAAAAAUUUUGUAGAAAUGUUAUAUUCUACAACUUUAGAUAUGUGUACCAAAUCGAAGCAUAGAUUGGCGCUUUUUCCACUUGUAACUUGUUUAUUGUGUGUAAGUCAGAAAACAUUUUUCUUGCAAAAUUGGCAUUACUUUCUAGCAAUGUGCCUUUCACACUUGAAAAAUCGGGAUCCUAAAAUGUGCCGUGUUGCUUUGGAAGCGUUGUAUCGUUUACUAUGGGUAUAUAUGAUACGUAUCAAAUGCGAGAGCAACUCAGCAACUCAAAGUAGAUUGCAAAGCAUAGUAAAUUCUUUAUUUCCUAAAGGUUCGAAGGCAGUAGUGCCACGCGACACUCCAUUGAAUAUUUUUGUAAAAAUUAUUCAAUUUAUUGCGCAAGAAAGAUUAGAUUUUGCGAUGCGGGAAAUAGUAUUUGAUUUGUUAUCUGUGGGUCGGCCAGUAAAAAUAAUUUUAACUCCUGAACGGAUGAGCAUUGGACUACGAGCUUUCUUAGUCGUUGCCGAUAGUUUGCAACAAAAAGAAGGAGAACCUCCUAUGCCGCGUACAAUGGGUGUAUUACCUAGCGGCAACACCAUACGCGUCAAAAAAACGUUUCUCAAUAAAAUGUUGACAGAGGAUACCGCAAGAAGUAUAGGAAUGUCUUCAUAUUUUCCACAUGUUCGACGGGUAUUCGUGGAUAUAUUACGCGCUUUAGAUGUUCAUUACGGAAGACCUCUUAUGAUGACAAGUACGCAAAAUAUGAAUAAAGAACCAGACGAAAUGAUCACUGGUGAACGGAAACCUAGAAUAGAUCUUUUUCGAACUUGCGUCGCUGCAGUUCCUCGUUUAAUACCUGAUGGAAUGACUGGUGCUGAAUUAGUUGAUUUAUUAUCUCGUUUAACUGUUCAUAUGGACGAAGAGCUUCGUGGACUAGCAUAUCAAAGUCUACAAACUUUAGUGAUAGAUUUUCCUGAUUGGAGACAGGAUGUUGUUCUUGGGUUCACUCAGUUUCUUGCUAGAGACGUUCAAGAUACUUUUCCACAGCUUGUUGACAAUGGCUUAAGAAUGCUCCUGCAACUUCUUACAAGUUGGAAAAAUGCAUUGACAAGUCCCAGUAUAAGAUCUAAAGAGCAAUCGGCAGAGAGUACAAGAACAAACGCACGUACGGAUGGUAUCAUUAAAAAAAGUGAAUCUGGACAGAAAAUAGAGCCUGUCUCGAGUGUUUUCCAUUUAGUCGAAGGUUUUGCAUUGGUUAUGCUCUGUAACUGUCGGCUUUAUCCACGAAGAAUAGCUGUUCAUAUAUUACGCGAAGUCAAAUAUUUAUUAAAGACGCUGGGAGCUUUGGAAGACGAUCAAUCUGUAAUUGAUGUGAUAGAUGCUUGUUGUCCUGUGGUUUUGGAAAAAUGUUAUCAUAUGUUGCCACCUGCAGAAAAAGCAGCAGCUGCUUCUACAUCUAACGUCGAUCUUCAAUGGAUAGCUGAAAGAAGCAGUUGUGUAUGGACAGCAGGCCUUCAUGAUGACACUAGUACAAAGAGUUCGUCUUCUUUAAAUUUAAAUGGAGCAGAUCCAUGGGGAAGUUGUCUGUUUGCAUUUUUAGAGAAGGAUAGAGUACUUACAAUGUGUCCUACUGCUGUCGCACAUUCGUGGCCUAUUGUUUUUACUAGAAUAAAUUCUCUCUUCUCAGUAAUCGAUCCUACGCCUGUAAAUGAUAAUAGAGCUUCUCUUCUGAGAAGUUCGACUGCAGUUCGGAAGCCCGUAAAUGAAAGGGACGUCUAUAUGCACGUUUGGAAGAAUUACUUAACUUUUGGUUAUAGAGUUGUACCACCAGUGCCAAGUCCAGUUGUACGGUGUGCCAGUCCAGAUCUCAGUCUCAGUGGUCAGCAUACGGUGGAGUUUGGUGUGUUGUGCAUGAGUAAGGAGUUGAGUCAGAGCCUGGAGAAUCUCGGCGGGGCGCAGACCCUGCCGGGUCGGUUCUCCGUUCCGUCCAUUUCCGGCAUCUACACCAGGCAUAAGCGGACCAGCUCGUCGCCGGACAGCCUUUCCGCCGAACGGGGCGACAACAAGUCACCCGGUACAAAUGCAAGUCCCGCGGCCUUGUACAAAUUAACCGUACCUCUGUUGAGAUGCGAGGUGGUGGAUGUUAGAGAUGCCGCUGUGCAGGCCAUUGGCAAAGUGAACUCCGAUGCUUUGAAAGAUUUGAUGGAGGAAUUGGUUCCUUAUAUUCGCGAAGCGGUUGACCGUAAACAAGAGAACAUGAGGCGACGAAGACGAAGAGACGCUUUAAGAUUACAGCUGGUGAGAGUGUUGGAAUUAAUUGCUGAAUAUGGAACAUUCGGUAUCUGCCCCGCAGUAUUGGAUCGCGAGACACAAUCGCUUCAUCCAACGUUCGUCGAAUACAUUGAUGGCGCGCGUUUGUACUUGGAGAACGAAACCGACAAGGAGGCACCUGCCGUGCGCGACAUAAAAUUGCACUUCUGUAACUUCAUUAGAAAAAUGAUCAAGAGCUUUUCGUUGGAGACGUGUCAUACGUUGUUAAAGAGAGAUUUAAGACGGAACUUGUUUAUGCUGUUCGCUAGUUGGGCUGGCCCCUAUGGCCGACCGCUUUCGACCACAUCCUCCCUGCACGAAGAAGAAAAAUCUUGCACGGAAUUACAGCUCUCGUCGCUACAAGCUAUGAGCGGACUGUUGUGUUGCGGACCUUGUUUCAAUCCGCAAUCGCUUUCGGAAGAAGGGGCGAUAUUGUACCAGUGGUUAGACUUACUGUUAGCCAGCAAGGACGAGAAAAUUUACGCCCUCGCCCGUGAAACAGUGGUUUUGUUGUUGGAAUGUAACCCAGAUAUUGGAACCCUUCUCGAUUGGGUAGUCGACCGAUGCUAUACAGGAGCUCCUCAAGUAGCUGAUGGUUGUUUCCUCGCCUUGGCAACCAUAUUUAGCGCAAGAGAAUACCCUUGCGAUCAUUAUACGAGCAUCAUCAACGUUACCUUGAUGAGCACGGGUUGCCCUCGUGCCCCUGUUCAUGACGCGGCGCUUCAACUUCUCCAGCUGCUCGAUCAAAGAUUUUUCGGAAACGUGGGUCCUCUUCCAACUACGGAACCGGAGACCGGUCAGGAUGAUAUCGUUGGUGGUUCAUCGACUACGGCCACUUCUGCACCAGGACAACAAAGCAAUCCUAUCGGCGGGUUGUCCUCGAAUGGAACAAUUAAGGGUGGCACGCUCGACGUACUUCUGUCGACCACAUAUUGUCGUAAUCAGAUGUAUCUUUCUCGUCAACUCGCUCAACUUCACCCGGAACUGACGAUGCCUAUGUUCAGCGAAAUUACACACAGAUUUCAAACAGCCAGAAGAGAAGUACGACAGCUGUUACUCCAAUAUUUGUUACCUUGGCUGCACAAUAUGGAACUGGUUGACCCUAAUGUACCGCCUCCUUCCAAUCCAUUGAGUUAUUACCAGUAUUAUGCGAGUGACAUGUCGCGUGGUGGAGCACGAAGAGAGGGUUGGGGUAGCGCCGAGGCAACGGAAAUGGUGCUAAAUAACUUAUUUUACAUAACUGCUAAGUUUUCCGACGAGCAUCCCAAAGAGACGGAGGAACUUUGGUCAACUUUAUGCGGCUGCUGGCCUAACAAUUUGAAAGUGAUAAUUCGAUAUUUAAUAAUCGUCUCUGGAAUGGCACCGCAAGAAUUACUUCCAUAUGCGAAACGGGUGGUGUUGUAUUUGGCAAGAGCACGUCCAGAUCGUUUAGUGGACGAAAUGAUGACGGAACUGCAGACAGUCGAAACAUUAAAUUGCUUAAUCGAACGAACGGAAACUCCGCCGUUUUAUAGAUUAACCAGUAUGAGAAAAGCUUCUUCUCACAGCGACGCACCCGCUGCUGAUCCUGGAAAUCCUCCUCGCGAUCUGGGCGUCGAGAAGGGUACCAUUCAUACGAAAAGGCACUCGGGCGAAGACCCCGUCAAAACAGGCUCGAAAUCCGAUACCGCGUUACGGGCACUCGCUGGAUUUCAAACCCCAAGGGCAGAAAAGACGAGGACUGCGAGCGGUCCGCCAGUUCUUCCAGACGAUUUGUCCACUCCUACAACGGAAGCCGAGUUGACCACCGACGAAUCCUGUUACGGAGCACGUAACGGACCUGCUGGAGUAAACGGAAAAAUUUCGGCCGGCGGCGAAAAGUUUGAUAUUCCUCAACCGCAUCCGCUACCGAUGCCCGAGUACGGUGGAUAUUUUGCUCCGCUUACAGAGUAUUUGCCGGAUAGUUCGCAACCAAUAAGCGGAUUUCACAGAUGCAACAUUGCUGUGAUGCUGCUCACCGACGUCGUCGUCGACGGCAUACAACUCGACUGGGCUAUCCAUGUCCCCUUAAUGUUACACAUAGUUUUUCUCGGCUUGGACCAUUCGAGGCCUCUCGUAAGGGAUCAUUGUCGUUGUCUUUUGUUAAAUUUAUUAGUGGUCCUCGGAGACCAUCGGGAUCAUCUAGGCGUCGCGCGAGUAUUGUUGGCGUCAAAGACCGAACAAUUGGGUUUAGGUCUUUCUACUCCAGCUUUGCCAGUACUCGAGCACAACUUCACCGAGGUUGAUCCAGAGUUUGAUAGUUAUUUGUACGGUCCUCCGCCCGCACCACCUCCUACAACGCCUCCUCCGUCAUCUUCGCCACCGCCGCCUUCUUCAUCUCCUCCUCCGCCUCCCCCACCACCGCCGCCGCCACCACUUCCGCCACCGCUGCCGGAAUCCUCCAUAUUUAAUUCGACGCCUCCGCCCCCUCCGCCUCCUCCGCCGCCACCGUUUCCACCUUCUAAUAACGGAACGCCUACGCAUUCACCAAUUCCGAACUCAACGUCCACCCCUCCGACAUCAAUGAAUCACGUGAAUCACUCGGUCACGGACAACUGCAAAGAUUACUCGAACGCUCACGCAUACGAGUCAUCGGUAUGUAACAAUUGGACACCGACAACAGGAUCAACAAACGUGGUACCUCCUGUUAUUGUUACACCGGAAGAUGCAAAUAAUUGGGUCGGUCCGCAACCUGGACCGAAUAUGCCAAUCCAAGAUGUAAUCAAAUCUUUGAUAAACUUCCUCGCUUCUAGGAUCAACCAACCACUGUGGAAUUACGAAGAUAUGACUGCUAAAGUGUGGUGGGUUCGCAGUGCUGAACAACUAACAGUAUUGUUGCGACACGUACUACGAGUAUUUAGAGAUUCCUUGCCUCAUGCUCUGGUUAGUCAACGUUGGGCGCAAACCGCGUUGCAAUUAGGCUUGUCCUGCUCAUCCAGGCAUUAUGCUGGAAGAUCGCUUCAAGUAUUCAGAGCAUUGCGAGUUCCUAUUACAUCUCGAAUGUUAUCUGAUAUCUUAUCCAGAUUGGUGGAAACGGUCGCUGAACAAGGGGAAGACAUGCAGGGCUAUGUGACAGAAUUGUUAUUGACACUCGAAGCAGCCGUCGACUCGCUAGAAUCUGAUUUCCGGCCUCUCGAUUUUAUGAAAGAAAUAUUUAAAUCUACUCCGAAUCUGAACAAUAAGGACCCAGCAUCGGGCGGUUUGAUUGGCGGAAAACGCAGUCCAGGAGGAGGAAAUGGGUAUCCAGCCGGUCCGUGUAUGUUUUCUCAUCUGAAUCAAGGUGGUCACACAAGGAGUACCAGUUACUCGGUCAGCUACUGUAUGAAAAAGUCAAGCGGCGGUAAUUUGGCAACGAGCGAAAUGAAAGAAUUAGAUAACAGAUGCAACAAAUAUCCAAAUUCGAAUCUUUCGCGUUCGAGAUCGGCUCAGUCUUUGAAGUUAUUGGGCGACUCGGCAACUCAAGAUGAUAAAAUGACUAUUUUGGCACAACUAUUUUGGCUAUCUGUAUCCCUGCUCGAAUCGGACUACGAACACGAAUUCCUCUUGGCAUUGAGAUUGUUGAGCCGUGUACUGCAUAGAUUACCACUGGAUCGACCAGAUGCUCGAGACAAGGUCGAGAAAUUGCAACAGCAAUUAAGAUGGAAUUCGUUCCCGGGUGUACACGCAUUAUUGUUAAAGGGAUGCACUAGUCCAAACACGUAUGAACCAGUGGUAACAUUAUUGUCGCAGUUUACCCCGUUAUUGGAUCUGCCCGUUGUUGAUCCCACUCAGAGCCUCGCAUUUCCAAUGAAUGUUGUGUCGUUGCUUCCCUAUAUGCUUCUAAAUUACGAAGAUGCUAAUGAGUUGUGCAUCAGGAGUGCCGAAAAUAUUGCACAAGUGAGUGCUGAGAAGGGAAAGAAAUUAGAGAACUUAGGCACUGUUAUGACGUUAUAUAGUCGACGUACUUUUAGCAAAGAAAGUUUCCAAUGGACAAAAUGCGUUGUCAAGUAUCUUUAUGAUACAUACGCCCAUCUCAGUUUCAAUAUGCUUGCUUUUCUGGUGGAAGUACUUGAGAAGGGCCCGGGAAGUGUUGCGUUACCAGUGCUCAGUAUCAUACAUUGUAUGUUACAUUACGUUGAUUUAGCUUCUCAGGCUGCUCAACCGAUUAACACAGAACUUCUCAGAGUGAUUUCAAAAUAUGUCGAGGGUCCCCAUUGGAAAGAAGCCCUUAAAAUAUUGAAACUCGUAGUCACAAGAUCGUCAACUUUAGUAGCACCACCUACUUCAGUGCACGGUUCAUCUUGGGAAUCUUCUUUAGCAUCUCCGCAUCCGAGCUUCACCGAUACCGAAAUAUUUACCAAAAAAGAGCUACCCGGAAGGACUAUGGAUUUCACAUUUGACUUGUCUCAAACGCCUGUAAUUGGUAGACGGUGGUUAAUACGUCAAGGUGUGGAAGAAAAGUCACUUGGUUCUCCUCGAUGUUCAUUGUCUCUAUCACCAGCCGAUAGCAAUGCAGUUUCCGGUUGGAAACGACCAUGGAUGUCACAGGGUCGAGUUAGAGAAUGUCUGGUGAAUCUUUUAACCACAUGUGGGCAACGCGUUGGACUACCAAAGAGCCCCUCUGAUGAACACAUUAGUUCAAUGACAUUAUAUAGCAAGGUGAUAUUCAGUCAAAGUUCAGAUUUAAUGGAAAGACAAUCAUCCAUGGCUUCUUCGACGGAAGAAGUUUCUGGAGCGAAUAACGAUUUAAGCGGAGGAUCUAGAAGAGACGAUGAACAAUUUGGCGUGUUUAAAGAUUUCGACUUCCUUGAAUAUGAAAGCGAAAGCGUUGAGGGUGAAAGUACUGAUAAUUUCAAUUGGGGAGUGAGGCGACGACCUCUUAGCGAAGGAGAAGAAAGAGAGCCAAGUUUGAGACAAUUUGAAGAAAGUUUAAGUGAAAAAACUCAAUCAUCCAGUAAACAUACCAGCCGGCGCGGAGUCGCGGAAGAAUCAUCGGAUGACGAGGCUGGUUCAGAAUCACCUUUAGACGAAGUACCCGGUGGAUCUGGAACGGGGCAAGAAGCGAAUAAUAUUCCUGGAAUGUUCCCUCCGUCCUCUCUUUCAUUGAUUCCUAGUCGCACACGUCACGAUUCUUCGACAAGGUCUGACACAUCUGGUUCUAGCGCUGGAGAUUUAGGGGACGUAACGCCUUGCAACGCAUCGCCAAAUCUUUCGGCGUUAAUGCCUUUUAGACAAGUGGUGCGAGACGAUGCCGAGGAACUUUGGCGGCAACAAAUUCAAAAUCUCAUUACGCAAUCCCUAUACAAUACACUAGACUUUUUCCAGCUGUUAAGCAGGAUUCUGAGGGAUGUAAGCAGUAAAUCUGUUACUCUCACGCGAGAAGCCAGUGCCUUAUUGUGUAACGGCAGCCCAGCCGCCACCCAAUUAGGUCAUCAUUUAUCUAGUCACGCUGAUCUGCUUAGCUCAAAGGCUGAUCCACCUUUGAUCUGGUUUUCGAUUGCGAUUUUUGCGAAUCAACGACUGAACGAAUCUUUACGCUUCGGGAUGUUAGAAAUCCAAGAGCAUCUUGAAACGUUCCUCGACAAGAAAGAUCACGCUACCGAAUGUUUGGAAGCUGCCAAAGCAGCAGCUAAACUCCAAGCAUUAGGCGGUGGACAUACUACAGAGGCAGGACUCGAGGAGAUGCUCUUAGAUUUAGGCAGAGCUCUUUACAAGCUUCAUCUCCAACUAUUACUUUUGAUCGAAGCUUCGAAUAAAAUGUUAUGCACUCUUAUGAACGCCGCGAAGAACGUACAAAUUCCACUCCAAGAUAUAUCUACAGAAAUUGCGAAUAUGAAAAUUGCUCUGAGUAGAGCACUUGAGGAGAGCACAGAGAGCGAAAGAGGUACACCAACUCCAACGCCUAGUCCUAGUCCUCUGCCUGGCACUGGCGCUGUCGAAGAAGUUGCUCGAGUCGCGGAGCUAUUGAGGAAUGCACGAUGGUGCCCUGCCCUUGAAGCUGUAAGACUGCACAGAGCUCAGUGGCCUGGAGAUCCCUUUCACGAUGACGAUGAUGUGACGACUGCUGUUAAUAUGUAUUGCAAAUACUUAGGGCAAGAUAGAUCUGAUAUUUUUGUGGUUACACGAAAGGACGACGAGAUGUCAGAGAUAUUCAGUAGAUUAAUGGAAAGUUUGUUCCAAAUUUUAGCGGCUGUUACAGGUUUGGAAGCAUCUACAAAGGCUGCUCGGUCUCAGCAAGAUCAUCCUAAUAAUUCAAAAAGUGACUGUUAACUUGAUAAGUAUUAAUAUCAUAUUAUAGCAAACUAUUUCUCUAAAUUCAAGUCUUCGUAUAAUUUAAUUGUGCGUGCGUUUUACCUGUGUAUUUAGAUAUCUUAUAUACGAUUAUAGACGUAUGUAUGCGUGUGUGUAUGUAUGUAUGUAUGUGUGUAUGUGUGUAUGUAUGCAUAUCGCGAAUAAUUGUCAUAGUAAUUAGAGAAACACGCACGAGCGAAAGCACGAAGUCGUCGAUUUUGUCGUUUCUUUUUUUAACACGAAUGCAAUGAUGAAUGUAUGUAACUAUUCGACUAAAUAAAUUCUC